UGCGGGGGAGAAGGGAGGGAGGGCUUCAGGGCCUCCGGGCCCUCACGGGGCUAUGGGUCUCUCCGUAGGGAGACCAGGCGCCCUGGCCACCCCCACCCCCCACUGACGAGGCCUCGCCGUGGGGUCUGAGGGCCAGUGGUGAGGUGCGGGAAGCGCCUUUCCCGCCCGACCUCCUCUGACCGACCUGCCCGAGGCCAAGGCCCGAGAGCACCUGGGCUAGGCAAGCCCUUGAAAGGAAGGACGCGCAUGGGGAGCCUGCGGGGCGUGGGAAACGAGCACUCUCGUGGGCGGGGACGCGCGCGGGGGGCCGGCCCAGAAGCGCAGGCCGCCCGGCGUCGGCCGGAAGCGCUGUUCGGGAGGCGGAAGCGGCUGCCUCGCGCGUUUCCCGCCCUUGUGGGGGUACCCCGCGCCCCGGCUCUCUUACGGGACCCUCUACCUCUGGGCGCAGAGACCACCAGGAACACGUGAGGAAGAAGAAAAAAUGUCUCAGAAGCAGAUGAAGGAAGCUUUUGUCAGUAACCACAAUGGAACGAGCGUGCUGGAAAUCACCGAGGGCUUGUGCUUGCCUGCACUCUGUAUCCUGUGUAGAGGGUUCCUGAUCAUUCUCUCACAGCACUUACGUUCUUCUUCACAUACCUGGAGAACUCGAUUCUUCAUUGACUUUGCUUUCCUAAUAGUUCCCCUGGUGACCACUUUGACCAUUUUCGCUUCAUUUGUCCUCCUUGAGUAUCUCAUUGUAAUUAUCUUUGGGGCAGUGCUGCUCUAUGAAACAUACUGCAGGAGAACUUGCUAUGCCAGAAUGCCUGUCGGGAAAAUCCUUGAAAAAUUCUUGAAAAUCAGUCUAGAAUCAGAAUACAUUCCAGCCAUCUCCUGUUUCCGUGUAAUUAACAGUGCAUUUACUGCUGUUGCCAUUUUGGCUGUGGACUUCCCUCUUUUUCCCAGAAGAUUUGCCAAAACCGAGCUCUAUGGGACAGGAGCAAUGGAUUUUGGAGUAGGAGCCUUUAUUUUUGGGACUGCAAUGGUUUGUCCAGAGGUUAGGAGAAAAUAUACAAAAGGGUCCAGACUUUGUUAUCUUACAAAGUCAUUGUACUCUGUUUGGCCAUUAGUCUUCCUAGGAAUGGGACGAUUAGUCAUUAUAAAAUCCAUAGGCUAUCAGGAACAUUUAACUGAGUAUGGAGUUCACUGGAAUUUUUUCUUUACCUUAAUAGUUGUGAAAUUGAUAACAUCACCGCUUUUGAUUAUUUUUCCCCUAAAUAAAUCCUGGAUUGUGGCUAUCAGCAUUAUUGUAUUCUACCAGCUAGCCCUUGAUUUUACCCCACUGAAAAGGUUAGUUUUGUAUGGCAGUGAUGGCACUGGCACAAGGGUUGGUUUAUUCAAUGCCAACCGAGAAGGAAUAAUCUCUACCUUGGGGUAUGUGGCAAUACACAUGGCUGGUGUUCAAACAGGAUCAUACGUACUUAAAAAAAGAUCACAUAUCAAAGACUGGAUAAAAGUAGCAUGUUAUAUUCUAUUGACAGCUAUUGGCUUCUUCAUAUCUCUUUACAUAGUUCAGGUAAAUGUAGAAGUAGCAUCUCGAAGAAUGGCCAAUUUAGCCUUUUGUAUUUGGAUAGUUGCUUCUUGCCUGAUCCUUCUUAGUAGUUUAUUACUGGGUGAUAUAAUUUUGAAUUUUGCCAAAUUUCUAAUUAAAGGGGCAACAGUACCAUGUUCUUGGAAACUUAUCCAGUCACCUGCUGCAAAUAGAAAGCAUUCAGAAUCUCUAGUCUCUGAAGCUGAAAGAAAGGAACCCACUCUUUGUUUAAUCACAGCAAUGAACAGAAACCAGUUAAUUUUUUUCUUGCUGUCAAAUGUAACAACUGGCCUAGUCAACCUGUGGGUAGAUACAUUACACAGCAGUACCUUGUGGGCCUUAUUUGUACUCAAUCUCUACAUGUUUACCAACUGCUUAGUUAUAUAUGUGCUGCACUUGCAAGAUAAGACGGUAAAAUUUUGGUGAUCAGUACAGGUAGUAUAUAUUUUGAUCAAUAUUAUUUUAAUGAGAAAGAAUAAAUAUAAAAUGGGCUUUUGGCAA